UUUUAGGACAUUACUACUUAAUUUCAGGUGUUACUGCUCUAAAGCCCAGGAUUUCGGUGGUCGAUAAGGCUGUUGUUGCACGAAAAGGUUCCACUGUGACCUUGUUGUGCCUUGCCACGAGGGUUAUACGACGUACGACCUGCAACUCGUGGGAGUUUAAUGGACAAGAAAUAAAAAGCAACGACAAAUUUAUACUCUCUGAGUUAUACUAUCAGACUGAUGAAAGAAUGGGAAACUUUUCUCUAACCAUCAAGAAUGUUUCAAAGAAUGAUGUCGGUAAUUACACUUGCAUAAUCUCCAACAUACACAUGGAUAGGAUGCUUGAGGCGAAGGAAAAUUUCGACCUGUCACUUCAGGAAGAAGUGCUAAACGUCACUUCCACCCAGACAAACAUCACCCUCUAUGAAGGAAGCACAACAACUCUCCAUUGCCGUGUAAUUUUUUCAGAAGCUUUCACUACGGACGCAUAUUGGCUUUUUAAUGGCAAAAUAGUGACUAAACCUAAAGGCUUGCACCACGAAGUAAAUGGUGCGUCAUUGUCACUAAAACUGAAACAUGUAACCCGUGCACAAAGUGGAAUGUACACGUGUGGUGCCAACUCCACUAUUGGUUUACAAACACACGACAUCGCAGUGAGUGUACAUCGCACACAAGGUCCAGCUUUAUAUUUCACAAAGAAAACCGAACCGUAUGUUGGAAUUGUAAACGGUACAAAUGUUACUUUACAUUGCCUGGGAAUUUACCCAGCAGCAUUGUUCGACGACGCUUUCUGGCUUUUUAAUGGCAGCCAAAUAAAAAGCAACAAGCACUUCGAAGUAAACAAUGGUUUCGUGGAGAAUAAAGAAGAAAAUAUCAAAAAGAGACUUCUCAGCUUGACGAUAUACAAUGCCGAACUUGAAGAUAGUGGAAACUACUCGUGCGUGCUUAACACUUCGCAUGGCUUGCGGAGAAAAAACAUCAAGGUUAAUGUGACAUUUUUCCGGGUAUUGAAACCGGAACGCCCAAGAUACGUAUUAAACGAAGAAAAGAAGCACUUUGAGCGAGUACUAUACAUAUCUCUGGGAUUGUUCGCUGGAGUGGUAACUACCAUAGGAAUUUUGGUCAAGUUGUGGUAUCAAAGAGGACCUAGACUUCCUCCGUCGAUAAAACCUUGUCCGGAUGAAGAACUAAUCUUCAAAUAUGACGUCUUUGUCACCUACAGCCGGAGAGACUCUGACUGGGUGAAUAGCGAGCUACUGAGCUUGUUGAGUAAAAACCAUGUCAAGUAUUGCAUCGACAAGUUGCAUUUUAAACUUGGCCAUCCCAUUUUAAAUUCCAUCACCGAUAGUGUGUACCAAAGCCGUUACGUGUUGGCAGUGUGGUCGCGAAGUUAUGCAGCCAGCAAAUUCUGCAAGCAAGAGCUCGACUACGCCUUACAGAAGAGUUUUCACUGCAGUGAUUACUCAGUAAUAUUGAUCGGUCUUGAAUCGAUAAAUCCCAAAACAUUACCGAAGCCAUUACGAGCGAGAACGUUUCUUAACUAUUCCGACAGUGUGGAUAGAGAAGGCUGGGAAAAACGUCUCAUAAAGCAUCUUAAAGGAUCCGCAAAUAACAAGUUCGCGCAUGUGUUGGGAACUGUUGUUUGACCGCGGCGUGCAUCGCUUUAAUUUAUGACACAGACAUUUUUUAUCUGUCAGUCUUUCCUUUCUAGUGUUUUACUUUCUUUAGAAAGAUGUACUUUGUUGUUUCCUUCACAUUGAAGGUGACUAUACAUUUCAUUACAAACGACUCAAGAUACUUUAUAUCUGCCGAGGUUAGGUUUGGUUCAUUGGUUCAUUGGUUCAUUUAUUUCAGACUAUUUACAUGAAAUUAACUUAGAUAGAAAAGUAAAGUUGCAACAAAUGAUU